AGGGACAGCAGCUGAGGAAACUUGAUAGCACUCCAUCCCCUUCUCUUCUCCUCUUCCCUUUUUCUUAAUCUCCCUCUCUUCUUCUCUCUAUCCCUCUCUCAUUCUCCAGCAGCGAUGUAGUUCUCUCUCAAACUUUAACAGCUGUUUGGCAAUGAAGUCUUGACUGAGAUCCAUCACGCCUGGACCUCUAUGGAUUCGUUCCCUGCUUCUUUUUGAGAUCUUUCCAGAGUCGCCGCUCUCUUCAUUCUGUCUUCUGUUUACAUUGUCGUGUCGGUGGGUUUGGACCAUGGCCAUGAAGGAAACCAUACUCCCUAUCAGCGAGGUGUCGAGUCCGUACCCGGAGGUCGUGGAACUCAACGUCGGUGGCCAGGUGUACGUCACCAAGCGCUCCACCCUGGUCAGCGUACCUGACACCACCCUCCACACCAUGUUCAUGCGGUGCAGCCCGCAUGAGUUGCCCCGUGACAGCCGAGGGCGCUUCUUCAUCGACCGCGACGGGUUCUUGUUCCGAUACGUGCUGGACUUCCUACGGGACCGCCAGCUCGUGCUACCGGAACACUUCCCGGAGCGGGAACGUCUUCAGCGUGAGGCCGAGCACUUCCAGUUGGGGGAACUGCUUAGACUUUUGGGCCCACGUGUAGCCAAGCAAGGCUCGCUCAAUGACGAAGGCUGCCAGAGCGACAUUGAGGAAAGUUCACAGAGUAGCGAGUUGGUAACUCGAACUGGAAACUGCGCCACCAACUACGCGAAUUCCUCUUCUGCCCUGGACAAGAGGUCUGGGUUUAUUACGAUAGGUUAUCGGGGAUCCUACACAAUGGUGAGGGAUAACCAAGCUGAUGCUAAAUUUCGCCGUGUGGCACGGAUCAUGGUCUGUGGGCGUAUCGCCCUGGCGAAGGAAGUGUUCGGAGACACUCUAAAUGAAAGUCGAGAUCCGGACCGUCCACCAGAGAAGUACACCUCCCGCUUCUACCUGAAGUUCACCUACCUGGAGCAAGCAUUCGACAGGUUGAGUGAGGCUGGGUUCCAGAUGGUGGCCUGCAACUCAACUGGAACAGCUGCAUUCGUUAACCAGUACAGAGACGACAAGAUCUGGAGCAGCUACACUGAGUACAUCUUCUUUAGUAAGUGACAGAGCAGCUCUCGCAAACCUGCCUG